GCUGCUUCUGCUGCUACGGCUCCGCACACAGACUCAGACCGUCAGCCGGUGGGUAAGGCUGGGAUUCUUCGACAGCGUUACCCGCCCCCCCUGCUGCCUGCGUGGACCCCGGUUGAACACAUUCCCGGUUGUUUUUUAGCGGGUGUCAGCGGUUGGUUUAGAAGAUUUUGGAGUUAAUUCGCGCGUGUGUGUGUGUUUGUGUGCGUGUGUGCGUGUGUCUGAGAUUUCGAUGUUGUUAGGCUACAGUGUUAUCAAGGGAACGUGCGAGACCUUUAGGACGGAGAGCAGACGUCCUUCCACUUCACCACAACAGCGGCUCAACACCAUGGCUGCCGCUCUGAUCGAGCUCUUCUUCUUCCUUUACUCUGUCACUGCAUCACCUCUGGAAUCAGCCUCUAAGCAAGUCCUCCCCCAGAUCCAGCCACACCUCACCAGCUGUGUCUCUGCCAACAUGGAGACUUUCCGCUGCAGAUGGAACGUCGGCGCUUCCAAGAGCCUCUCCCAGCCAGGAGACCUCCGCUUAUUCUACAUUAACAAAUUACCCCCCCACGUUUCUCCAAAAGAGUGGCGUGAGUGUCCCCACUACAGCACCGACAGGCCCAACGAGUGCUUUUUCAACGAGAACCACACGUCCGUCUGGACAUAUUACAGCGUCCAGCUCCGCUCCAGGGAUCGAGCCACCCUCUAUGACGAGAGCCACUUCAACCUCCAAGACAUCGUGCAACCGGAUCCUCCAGUCGGCCUGAACUGGACUCUGCUUAAUGAGAGUCUGACCGGGACUUACUAUGACAUCAUACUGAGCUGGAAGCCGCCUCAGUCCGCAGACGUGCAGAUGGGAUGGAUGACUCUGCGGUACGAGGUCCAGUACCGCGACGUCACCGCUGACAAGUGGGAAGUGGUGGAGCUUGUGCAAAGCACACACCGCUCCAUUUACGGACUUCAAACUAACGUCAAUCACGAGGUUCGGGUCCGGUGCAAAAUGCAUGCUGGGAAAGAGUUCGGAGAGUUCAGCGACUCUGUGUUUGUGCUCGUCCCAUCUAAAGUGCCAGGCUUCCCAGUGGUGGCCUUGCUCGUCUUUGGUGCCCUGUGCUUGGUGACCAUCAUGAUGUUAGUUAUCAUAUCGCAGCAGGAAAAAUUGAUGGUUAUUCUUUUGCCUCCUGUUCCUGGACCUAAAAUAAGAGGAAUUGACCCUGAACUACUCAAGAAAGGGAAGCUGCGGGAGUUGACAUCCAUCCUGGGCGGCCCUCCUGAUCUGAGGCCCGAGCUGUACUACAACGACCCCUGGGUGGAAUUCAUCGAUCUGGACAUCGAGGAGCUGAAUGAGCGACUGACGGACCUGGACACGGACUGUCUCGUGGAGCGCUCGCUGUCCUCCAACAACUCCCCCCUGUCCAUGGGCUUCAGAGACGACGACUCGGGCCGGGCCAGCUGCUGCGACCCCGAUUUCCCCAGCGAGCCGGAAGCGUCACCGUUCACUCCUCUGAUCCCAAACCAAACCCACAGUAAGGACCCGUCGUGCCCGACCGCCUGCGAGCCAAGCCCCUCGCUGCAGAGCCCCGCCACUGGGGAGCCCGGGUCUACAGCACCGGGCCGAGAGGCGCUGUACACCAAAGUGAGUGAGGUGAGGUCUUCUGGCAAAGUGCUGCUGUCGCCUGAGGAGCAGACUAGCAAAGACACCGAGAAAGACAUCAUGGCGCAGAAAGAGAAGGAAAAAAAAGAGUUCCAGCUCCUGGUGGUGAAUCCAGACCACGGAGGUUACACCUCAGAGCUCAACGCAGGGAAAAUGAGCCCCAGAGUGUCCACAGGAGACACGAGUGAACCCUGCCAGACAAACGGAGACUUGAAGUAUUCACCGUCCCACGAAUCAGAUAGCACCCCCAUAUCCCCUCUUUCUCCUGUCUACACCGUGGUCGAGGGUGUCGACAGGCAGAACAGCCUUUUACUGACUCCCAACUCGACCCCAGCACCCCAGCUGGUAAUCCCAAAAGUCAUGCCGACGCCAGACGGCUACCUGACCCCUGAGCUUAUGGGAAGCAUCACGCCCUAGAUUGGGGGGGGGGACUGCAUAAAGUUAAGAUUUUUCAAUCUAAGGCACAGAUAAGUUUAGGAACCGUCUCUGAGAUUGACUCUUACGGGAGCCCAAGGUUGAGUGUGAAUAUCAGGUCUCCU